AUGGGGAUACAGCUUGAGUGGAACAACUCUGACUACCUGCAGGUGAAGGUGACCACUACAUGGUGGUCAACGACACUGACCUGUAUCACCACCUGUACUCUGACUGACAACCCCAACCCCACCUUCAUCUGGUACAAGAACGGACACUAUGUAAAGGAGGACUCAUCCAGCUUGUACUCAGACAACUUUAGUGAUAAAGACAGUUACUCCUGUGCUGUAAAAGGCCAUGAGGAUCUCCACUCUCCUGCACUGUGUAAGAAGUGUUGGGGUGUGACUUUCACCCAUCAGAGUAUCUGUGCCUUGAAGGGGUCAACAGUGGACAUAUCCUGCUCUUACACAUAUCCCAGUUAUCAUGAGAUCAAAAAAGCUUUCUGGUUUACUAAAUGGUCUGGUAUGGAUACUGAAGAUCUGAGCUUGGUGCCAGGGUAUGAGGGUCAUAUUGAGUACCUUGGGGAUAAGAAGAGUGACUGUACCCUGAGAAUCACAGACCUGAGAUUGAGUGACUCUGCUGGAUACAGGUUCGGAUUCAUAACAUCCGGAGGAAAGUUUGCUGGCUCACCUGUCUCCCUGACUGUCACAGAUGUUGUGUUGGUGAUGGAUCCUACAUCUGUGUCAGAGGGGGAGAAUGUCACACUGACAUGUAGAACCAAAUGUACACUGGACCCCAUCACAGCCUCCAGUUGGUAUAAGAAUGGACAGCCUAUACCAAACAGCAACACCUCCUCUCCUGUCUAUAGCCUAUUCCCAGCCAGCAGUGAGGAUGCAGGAAGAUACUCCUGUGCUGUGGAAGGCCAUGAGGAUCUCCGCUCUCCUGAAGACACUCUCAAUGUUAGAUAUGGACCAAGGAACACAUCAGUGUCAGUCAGUCCCUCUGGUGAAAUAGUGGAGGGCAUUUCAGUGACUCUGACCUGCAGCAGUGAUGCCAACCCACCUGUGGACAAAUACAUCUGGUACAAGAAGAACGUAACCUCACCAAAAGCAUCAGGACAGAGUUUCAACAUCCUCAACUUCAGCUAUGAGGACAGAGGAGAAUACUACUGUGAGGCCCAGAAUGGAAGAGGAUCUAUGAACUCUGCAGCUCAGAUGAUCACUGUAGCAGGGAAACAAACCUCAGUUAUGACUCCAGCUGUAGGAAUCACAGUGAUUGUUCUGGUUCUCAUACUGGCUUCAUGUCUCUUUGGCUUCAUGUGGUUAAGGAAGAAAGCAUUCAAAACCACCUCUGACACAAGACACACAGCAGACAUGGGACAGGGUGACUCUAGUCCAGUGUAUGACAACGUCUCAGGCAUGGCCAUGACCCCUACUGCAGUACAGAGAGUGGACACAGACGAGCAGGAUGACGUUCACUACGCCAGCGUCCACUUCUCUCACUCCAAAAACCAGGAAGUGCCUCUGUACUCCCCUGUCCAACUGCCUCAACCCCACAAACAGGACGAGGAUGUCCUGUACGCUGCUGUGAAAUUCACAAAGUGA